GCCGUCAUUCGCAUCGACAUUCGGUGCACUUCCUUCGACUCCAAACCUCGGACAAUCAGCAGCAAGUCGCAGCAAUGGCCUUUGUUCAGAACAUCUCGCGACUCAUCGUCCCCCUCGCCAUCGGCGUCGCCGUUGUCGACUCGGCUCUGUACGAUGUUCCCGGUGGCUACCGCGCCGUCAUGUUCGACCGUUUCCGUGGUGUCUUGCCGACUGCUACCGGCGAGGGAACCCACUUCCUUGUUCCUUGGCUCCAGAAGGCGAUCCUCUACGACGUCCGCAUCAAGCCUAGGAAUAUCUCGACCACCACGGGAUCCAAGGACAUGCAGAUGGUCUCUCUCACCCUCCGUGUCAUGUCGCGGCCCGACCUGAACGCGCUCCCCGAGAUCUACCAGAACCUGGGUCUUGACUACGACGAGCGUGUCCUUCCCUCGAUCGGAAACGAGGUGCUCAAGGCGACUGUUGCCCAGUUUGACGCUUCCGAGCUCAUCACCAACCGUGAAAUCGUCUCUGCGCGUAUCCGUGACGACCUCUUGACCCGUGCCAAGGAGUUCCACAUCCAGCUCGAGGACGUUUCCAUUGAGUUCACCACUGCCGUUGAGCAGAAGCAGAUUGCCCAGCAGGACGCCGAGCGUGCCAAGUUCGUCGUCGAGAAGGCCGAGCAGGAGCGCCAGGCUGCCGUUAUCCGCGCCGAGGGUGAGGCCGAGGCCGCUGCCACCAUCUCGGCUGCCCUCGCCAAGGCCGGUGACGCCUUUGUCCAGUUCCGCAAGAUUGAGACUGCCCGCGAGAUUGCUGGCACACUGUCUGGCUCGCGCAACGUCUCGUACGUGCCCUCGUCCAGCGGCAACCUUCUCCUGCAGGUUCCCGGCCAGAACUCUUCCGCUUAAAAAAUCUGGCUACCGGAGCAAAGAGGCACGGGGUAGGCAGCAGCAGCAACAACAGCAUAUGUAUGAAACAUCUCCAUUCUGGUGUGGG